AGCAAGAUUACAGAUGUACAAGUACAACUAGACACAUACACUUAUAUAUGUCCUGUGUCAGAAUGACAACUGCAAAGAUUCUCCACAGUUUCACUCCUCUCAUUCUUAUGAACUAAGCUAUGCAUUUCACAUCUCUAUAAAUAGCUCUCAUAUCGAUCAUCUCUUCACUUCACUCCCUAGCAUUCUUCCUCUCCUUAAAACCAUCUCUAUAUAUUCUUUCAAGCUUACACACAUCCUUCAUUUUUGCUUUCCAAAUGGCCAGUGUUGAGGUUGAAUCAGCUGCAACAGCAUUGCCAAAGAAUGAGACACCUGAGGUGACCAAGGCUGAGGAGACGAAGACCGAAGAACCUGCAGCACCACCUGCCUCUGAGCAAGAAACCGCCGAUGCUACACCUGAAAAAGAGGAACCUACAGCUGCUCCCGCAGAACCGGAAGCUCCAGCUCCUGAAACCGAGAAGGCUGAAGAAGUAGAAAAGAUUGAGAAGACCGAGGAGCCUGCACCAGAAGCAGAUCAAACCACUCCAGAGGAAAAGCCAGCUGAGCCUGAGCCUGUUGCAGAGGAGGAGCCCAAACAUGAGACCAAAGAGACUGAAACAGAGGCACCUGCAGCUCCUGCAGAGGGAGAGAAGCCAGCUGAAGAAGAGAAGCCAAUUACUGAAGCAGCAGAGACAGCCACCACAGAAGUUCCGGUGGAAAAAACAGAGGAAUAAAUAGGUCUAUUAUGCAUAUCAAAGAAAGGGGGGGAUCGAGUUCCUGUUAUUUAUUAUAUUUUCUUUAUUAAUUUAUGAUUAUGAUUAUUAAGGAUCGAUUUGGAUGGUUUUGGAGAAUAGAACCUAGAGUCAGUCUUUGAGCAAAAACUGGGAUCCAUCUAUGUCGAUCAGGGCACUUGCCAGAGAUGAGUUACUGUGAAGUCUACAUGGAUUAUGGUAUGUAGAUGGUUAGUGAUAUUUAUGGUGUGAUGUGAUGAUGUGAUUUGUUGUUUUGAUAAUAAUGAUGUCUCUUGCCAAUUAGUGUUUGUGCUUUCAAAUAAGUGUGUAUUAGGUUUAUAAUUUCGGUUUAUUAUUUUAUUAAAAUAAUAUAAAUUAUAAAUUCUCUUUUUGUUAUAUAUUAAUACCAAA